AUGGCGUCUCCAAAGAAGCGAACAAGAAGUUUAACGCGCGAGGACGAUGAAGACGAAGAAGCCCACCCAAAGAAAGAAAUCGACCUCAACAAAGAACCCGAGCUUGACGAAGAUUACGAUCUCGAUCGCGAAGACGAUGAGACGGACGAUGAUGAUGCCAUCCAGGAAGAAGAAGAAGAAGCGGACCAUGACGAAUUCGUGGCCUCUGAGUCAGAGAUAAGCGAAGAAGAGAAGAACAAAACGGAAUCGGAAGACGAAGAUGCUAAUGACGAAAGAAGCUUUCACAGAAACAGAGCUCCAGAAGAUUUUAAAGCAAGAGAAGAUGCUUCUUGGGCGAUAAGCCACUUAACGUUUUUGCGCAACAGAUACGGAGCUAGGAAUCAGCAGAACAUCGCAUCGGGGACAGAAACAAAAGAAGACGACUCGGAAAUAACUAUGAGUUUACUGAGCCGAUGGGAAACUCCGUUGAUACCACCGGAAAAUAUCUUUGAGCGGCGACUGAUCGAGCAAUGCAGCAGACCGAUCCGAAAGCAGCUGACGGUGAGCGACGUAAGCGACGGCGAGGGACAGAGCAGGCUCGCGUUAUCGAAACCGCAGGUGGAUAAGAAGUUUGCGCAUCUUCUUCUUCUUCUUGGAGAGUCGGAGGUUUUGCGCGGGAAAGAAGGGAUUAGGGUUUCGGUGUACGGACCAGACGGGAAUGUUCACGAGAUGAAGAUGUGUGCCGACGAGGAUUCGCAUUAUUUGGCGGCGGGGUGGAGCAAGUUCGUCGGAGAAUACGAGCUCAGGGAGUACUGCGAUUUCGUCACGGUUUGGAUGAUUAGGCACAGAGAUACUCACAAGAUUUGCUUAGCUAUUGACACCAAAAGGCUUUCUUUGACAAAGGUGAGUAAGAGGAUCUCUCAAGCUGCUUUCGAGGAUUCAGAUUGA